UGUUUGCUCCCUCCCUCCCCCUUCUCCCCAAGCUUUUUCGACUCCCGCUGCCUGCUCAGGUUCGGACCCUGGCUCAAGCCGGGCGGGGCUCAGGUACUGGUGCCAGCUGCGGCUCCAGUUCUGUCUUCUGGGCUGUCGGCACCUUGCGUAGAUCUCCAUCCCAAGAGCCUGGCUCGGGUCUCUGAACUCGGAAUCCCGUGCUCGGCUUAGGACCGGCUCGCUCGCUCGUAGCUGCUCCCGCGGCUGCCCCUCUGAGCCCUAAUGGGGGAGUGAGAAGCUACGGCCAGGCCGGACAUGGGCCACCCCACCCUGCCUGGCUUGGUGCCACUGGUGGCCCUGGCCCUGAUCGUGGGACUGUACCUUCCAGUUGCUACUGGGAUGUCUACCCAUCAAGAAAAGCGAGCCAUCGAGUGUCCCCAGGGGAAAUAUAAGCACCGCACCAAUGAAUCUAUCUGUUGUCUCAAAUGUCAUAAAGGGACUUACUUGAAAGCUGACUGUGGUGGUCCAGAUCUCGUGCCUUAUUGUGAGACUUGCGAGAAUGGCACCUACACAGAUAUAGAGAAUUUCUCUCCAGGGUGCGAACCCUGUUCUGGCUGCAGAAGCGAGAUGGGCCAGGUUCAGAAGAAACCCUGCACAGUCUCAAGCAACACAGUGUGUGGAUGUAGGGAAAACCAAUAUCAACAAAAACAAGGAGAAAAUGAGAAAUUCUUUAAAUGUGUUGACUGUAACCCGUGCCACAAUGGCACGAUACAACGUCCAUGUCAGGAGAAACAGGAUGCUGUGUGUGCCUGUAAUUCAAAUUUCUUUUGGCAUAAUCAGAAAUGCAGGCCAUGUAGUGAGUGCACACCAGAGAAAAAGUGCAGACCUAGCUGCCCCUUAGAGACUGCUAACCCAGAGGAAUCAGGUCCAGUGCUUAUGUCCUUGGUGAUCUUUUUGGGGUUUUGUUGCCUCUCCCUCAUCUUCAUUGUUGUCCUCUGUCAUUACUCACGAUGGAAGUCCAAACUCUAUUUAAUUUUCUGUGGGAGACGGUCUCCUCCAGUAAAAGAGGAAGAACAUCAGCGGCCUCUGGCCUCACCCCACCUCGUCAAUCACGUCCCUUCUACCCCCUUCUACGGCCAUUCCCUUCCAAACGAUUGGUCGCCUUUGCACGAAGAACAACCUAUCAGGCCGUCGCCCUACCUGCAGGCGGAACCCGUCGUUCACCGCAGCCAGCCAUCAGAUUGCGUCAUAUCAGACGUCACCUCCUUCCGCCUUGACAGGCCAGCUGUGCUGUAUGCCGUGGUAGACAAGGUGCCCCCCCGACGCUGGAAGGAGUUCAUUCGUCGAUUGGGGCUGGACGAGCACGAUAUUGAACUCCUAGAGAUGCAGAACCCCCAAUACCUUCGAGAAGCUCACUACAGCAUGCUGGCCGCAUGGCAGAAGGGAGUACCCCAGCACCAAGCCACUCUGGAAGUGCUGGCCCAGGUGCUCGCUGACAUGGACUUAUACGGUUGCCUGCAGAACAUCAUAGAGGCCUUGAACGUGGGCAGCCCCUCUGGACUUAUACCCCCUUUCCCUAGUUGAGGCUGUACCAAGCACAGCUUUCUCUUUUUUGGCCUCACCCCUCCUGGACCCUUGGAGGAAAAGGGACCUAGUCCCCAGGGCUUAUUUCCUUUCCUAGGAAGGGCUUAGAGGAACCCUAGGGCAGGCUGGCUGGCUGAUUUGGAAAACACCCAGUGCCUGUCUAUGCAGGCAGUUUUGGGGACCCCAUUUCUGGAGUGCUCCUGACCCACUGUUUCUUUGGUGCUAUAUGAGGUCAGUUCUGUACCAGCUUAGUGUACCCUGACUUUCUCAGCUAUUCAUUCACACACUGUGUGCACGUGGAAGAGUGAAAGGAAUGCAGAUAAGUGGGGUGGACUUUUACCAAACUCUCUGCAUUGUCCAAGUGGGCUUAGGGAAUCCCUGUGAUGUGUCUGAGGAUGCAGUUCAAGCAUGGUGGUCUUGUGCCUAGAGCACUAAUGGAUGGAGUAUGGGCAACUCAGGCUACAGAUAAGUACAGAUAAGCCCCCAGGCUUGGUCACCGAGCCUCUGUACAUGGUAAACAAGCAGUCUUGGUAACAGUUUUUUUUUACACUAAUGUAAACCCAGCAUCAUUCCUUCCUUCUCAUACCACCUCACUUGGUUUCCUCUUUGAUCUCAACUUAGAGGAAUAGGAAUCAAAUGCUAGGUGUCAUUUGAGUCAGAACCCUGAAGGUUCAGGCCAGAACUCUCUUUUCAUAAAUAUUGUACAAUAAAACUUAUGAAAUUAAAGCUAUUAAAGCUGGAUCAUUUGGCAAAUGGA